UUUUCCAACAUCCGUCCCUGUUUCCCUUUCAACCUUUUGUAUUCAAACACCAUUUUCAAACAAGUCAAGGUGCAACUUGGUAAUUAUACUUCAACAACUCAAUGCUCCAUUCCACCCUUUCCUUCUAUUUAAGCACGUACAAAUGCUUCUCUCUUACACUCAAUCCACACUCUUCAAAUAGUAUAAUUCAAAUAAUUCAAUUCGUCACACUUCUUCCUUCCUUUGCUUCCAAUCCAAGUAAAAAUUCUUCUCUAUGCUCAAUUCAUUUUGACCAAGACAGCAUCAUCAACAACAGAAAACUAAGUAAUUGAUCCUCAAAUUAUGAUUGUUGGCUUGGGAUCAGAGGAGUUAAAUACAAAGCAGAUACAAAACUGAUUCAAGAAGACAUGGCCAAAGAAACUUCAAAAUCCCUCACGUUUAUGUGCUUUUUCAUGUUCAUGUUCAUGCUCAACUUCUACCCAUCCCAUGGAGAACAAGAGUUCGAGCUUCUUUUAUCUUUCAAAGCAUCCAUCAAAUUUGAUCCUCUAAACUUACUCUCCAACUGGGUCAACACUUCGUCUAUCACUAUCUGCAAGUGGCAUGGCAUAACCUGCGACAACUGGUCGCACGUUAACACCGUGUCACUCUCAGGAAAAAACUUCUCCGGCGAGGUUUCCUCGUCUAUCUUCCAACUUCCACAUGUUACAAACCUAGACCUCUCCAACAACCAGCUUGUUGGAGAAGUCGUCUUCAACUCUCCCUUCCUCUCUUCACUUCUUUACCUCAAUCUCAGCAACAACAACCUCACCGGUUCUUUACCACAAUCCUUAUUUUCAUCAUCGUUUAUCAACCUCGAAACUCUUGAUCUCUCAAACAACAUGUUUUCAGGCAAAAUACCAGACCAAAUUGGAUUCCUUUCAAGCUUAACAUAUAUUGAUCUAGGUGGCAAUGUUUUGGUAGGAAAAAUUCCAAAUUCCAUCACCAACAUGACAAGUUUAGAGUACUUAACUUUGGCUUCAAACCAAUUAGUUGGUGAGAUUCCAACAGAGAUAAGUCUAAUGAAGAGGUUGAAAUGGAUCUACCUAGGAUACAACAAUCUUUCAGGUGAGAUUCCAAAGAGCAUUGGAAACUUACUUUCAUUGAAGCACCUUAAUCUUGUUUACAACAAUCUCACAGGACAAAUUCCUGAAUCACUUGGAAACCUCACUAAUCUUCAAUAUCUCUUUCUCUACCUAAACAAACUCACUGGCCCAAUUCCCAAAUCCAUAUUCCAAUUGAAGAAUCUUAUUUCACUUGAUCUCAGUGAUAAUUCUCUUUCAGGAGAGAUUUCAAACCUUGUUGUUAACCUUCAAAAACUAGAGAUUCUUCAUCUUUUCUCAAACAACUUCACAGGUAAAAUUCCAAACACUAUAACAUCUUUACCUCACCUUCAAGUUCUUCAACUCUGGUCAAACAAAUUAACAGGUGAAAUUCCACAAACACUUGGCAUGCACAACAACCUCACAAUUCUUGACCUCUCUUCAAACAACCUCACAGGCAAAAUCCCAAACACCUUAUGUGCAUCCAAAAAUCUUCAAAAACUUAUCCUCUUUUCAAACUCUUUCAAAGGUGAAAUCCCAAAAGGAUUAACCUCUUGUAAAACCUUACAAAGAGUGAGACUCCAAAACAACAAAUUAUCUGGAAAAUUGCCAUUGGAAAUCACCCAAUUGCCCCAAAUAUACUUGUUGGAUAUCUCUGGAAACAAACUCUCUGGAAGAAUCAAUGAUAGAAAAUGGAACAUGCCAUCACUUCAAAUGCUUAAUUUAGCUAACAACAAUUUCUAUGGAGAAUUACCAAACUCUUUUGGUAGUAAAAAACUUGAAGGAUUGGACCUAUCACAAAAUCAAUUUUCUGGUUACAUUCAAAUUGGUUUCAAAAAUUUACCAGAGCUUGUUCAAUUGAAACUCAACAAUAACAAACUCUUUGGAAAAUUUCCAGAACAACUUUUCCAAUGCAACAAACUUGUUUCAUUAGAAUUAAGUCAUAAUCAGUUACUCGGCGAGAUUCCGACAAAACUCGCCGAUAUGCCGGUUCUCGGUUUACUUGACUUAUCGGAGAAUCAAUUUUCCGGUGAAAUUCCAAAGAAUUUAGGAAAUGUUGAAUCGCUUGUUGAAGUUAACGUAUCGUAUAAUCAUUUUCAUGGAAAAUUACCUUCCACUGAAGCUUUCUUUGCAAUCAAUGCAAGUUCAGUCGCCGGAAAUAAUCUCUGUGACGGUGACGGCGAUGGUUCUAACGGUUUGCCACCGUGCAAGAGAAACAAUCAGAUGAAUUCAACUACUUUGUUUUUUUCAGUUUGUGUUGUGUUAACGGGUUUGGUCGUUUUCGUUGGUGCUGGUUUUCUCGUUGUUUUCGUGCAAAGAAGGAGGAAGAAUUUUGAGGUACGAAGAGUGGUUGAAAAUGAAGAUGGUUCUUGGGAAAUGAUUUUCUUCGAUUCUACAGCGUCGAAAUUUAUUACCGUUGAGGAUGUUUUAUCAUCGGUUAAAGAAGGAAAAGCGAUUUCAAAAGGAAGAAACUGGGUUUCGUACGAAGGAAAGUGUGUGGCCAAUGAAAUGCGUUUCGUGGUGAAAGAAAUAAUUGACACGAAUUCUGUUUCGGUUAGUUUUUGGGAUGAUACGGUGACGUUUGGUAAAAAAGUGAGACAUGAGAAUAUUGUUAAGCUUAUUGGAAUGUUUAGGUGUGGCAAAAGAGGGUAUUUGGUUUAUGAGUUUGAAGAGGGAAAAAAUUUGAGGGAAAUUUUGCAUAAUUUGAGCUGGCAAAAGAGGUGGAAAAUUGCGGUCGCAGUUGCAAAAGCGAUUAAGUUCUUGCAUCAUGAGUGCUUGUGGAUUGGUUUGGUUGGUGAGGUGUCACCAGAGAUGGUUUUGGUGGACGAAAAAGGGGUUCCUCACCUUGAACUCAACCCUCCCGGUAUAGGAACACUGAUUAUGGACAUGAAAUGUUUUGUUUCUUCUUCCUACGUUGCUCCAGAGAAAAGAAAUGGGAAAGAUGUGACAGAGAAGAGUGAGAUAUAUGGUUUUGGAGUUAUGCUGAUUGAAUUAUUAACGGGAAGAAGCACCAUAGACAUUGAAGCAGGAAAUGGUAUUCAUCACAAGAAUAAUAUUGUUGAGUGGGCCCGUUAUUGUUACUCUGAUUGUCAUCUUGACACGUGGAUAGAUCCUGUUAUGAUCAAGGGUGGAGAUGUAUCAUCUUAUCAAAACAACAUUAUUGAGACCAUGAAUCUAGCCUUGCAAUGUACCGCAGCUGAUCCCACCACUAGGCCAUGCGCAAGAGAUGUACUCAAAGCCCUAGCUACUGUUCAUUGCAGCACAAACACUUUUUGCUGAUUAUUUUUGGGUGUUCUUUGAUGUUUAUUACAGUUUUUUUUGUUGCUCCUUUGAGCUUUCACUUUUUUGUUUUCUUUCUAUUUGUUUUGUGUUAGUUUUUUACUACUAAUUAGUUUAGUAUAAGUAAGUUGUUGAAUAUGAAGGAACUAUAUUAGAGAAAUGUUUGCUUGAUAUUUUAA